AUGGCCUCUUCCUUCCUGUCCGCGGGGACCACCACGGGCGACAGCGGCGGAGAGCUGAGCUCGGGGGACGACUCCGGGGACGUGGAGUCCCUCCCGAGCCCCGAGAGCGGGGCGUCGCGGAGCCUGGCCGAGCUGUUCGAGAAGGCGGCCGCGCACCUGCAGAGCCUGGUUCACGUGGCCAGCAGGGAGCAGCUCCUGUACCUGUACGCCAGGUACAAGCAGGCCAAAGUUGGAAAAUGCAAUACUCCGAAACCAGGUUUCUUUGAUUUUGAAGGAAAGCAAAAAUGGGAAGCAUGGAAAGCACUUGGUGAUGCCAGCCCGAGUCAAGCAAUGCAGGAGUAUAUUGCAGCAGUUAAAAAAUUAGAUCCAGGUUGGAAUACUCAGUCACCAGAGAAGAAAGGAAAAGAAGCAAAUACUGGUUUUGGUGGACCAGUUGUUAGUUCUCUGUAUCAUGAAGAAAUCAUCAGGGAAGAAGACAAAAACAUAUUUGAUUACUGCAGAGAAAACAACAUUGAUCAUAUAUCCAAAGUCAUCAAAUCAAAAAAUGUGGAUGUGAAUAUGAAAGAUGAAGAGGGCAGAGCUCUACUCCAUUGGGCAUGUGAUCGAGGACAUAAGGAACUAGUCACAGUCUUGCUACAAUAUAGAGCUGAUAUUAACUCUCAGGACAAUGAAGGUCAAACCGCUCUACAUUAUGCUGCUGCCUGUGAGUUUCUGGACAUCGUGGAGCUGCUGCUCCAGUCUGGCGCGGACCCUACUCUGCGAGACCAGGAUGGCUGCCUGCCGGAAGAGGUGACAGGUUGCAAAGCUGUGUCUCUGGUGUUGCAGCAGCACACAGCUGGCAAGGCUUAG